CCCCGUCUCACUAAAAUUAAAAACUCUUUUUUCCUUUUCUUUUAGUUGUUGAGAAAGAGAGAGUGGCUCAGUAGAUCGAAAUCUUCUAUCUUUUGUCCAGUUUGGAGAAGAUCUAAGCUUCUUCAAUGGAGUUGCAAUAGCACCCACUUUCUUCAAUCGAAAUCCUCAGGCACAGCUAGCUAGCUAGGCAGGGGUCAUAUCCUUCAUUUUCUUGUUAAUCUUCAAUUCGGAGACAAGGAAAAUGCACGGUCGGCCUCGCAAAGCCCCAAAACCUGAAGAUUUAGCUGCCUCCACUGCCAAAGCCGAGAAACUAAGAAUCCUCCAAUCUCAAUUCCUUUUAAAUCACCACCAAAAAAUUUAUACGAAGGAAGCAUUAGAGCUAAGCUCUAAACUUUUAGAGAUCAAUCCAGAAUGUUACACUGCUUGGAACUAUAGAAAACAUGCUGUUCAACACAGUCUUUUUGAGUCCAACUUGGAUCCUGACUCUGUUAACUCAAUUCUUGAUCAAGAACUUCGAGUGGUAGAGAAUGCGUUGAGGCAAAAUUUCAAGUCAUACGGUGCAUGGUAUCAUCGUAAAUGGGUGCUAAAUAAAGGGCAUUCUUCUACAGAAAAUGAGUUGAGGCUUUUGGACAAGCUUCAAAAUGUAGAUCCUCGGAAUUUUCAUGCCUGGAAUUACCGCAGAUUCGUAGCGGCAUUAUUGAAUAGAUCUGAUGAAGAUGAACUGAAUCACACACAGGAUUUUAUUGAUAAGAAUUUUAGUAAUUAUUCUGCCUGGCACAAUCGAAGUGUGCUUGUGUCUAACUUGAUGAAGAAAAAGGUUCAAGCAUUUUCACGGAAAGAUGAGGUCUUGAUCAGGGAGUAUGAAUUGGUUCGCGAAGCGGUUUUUACAGAUGAAGAUGAUCAGAGUGGUUGGUUUUAUCAUCUUUGGCUACUUGAUCAAACUGUUAAAGCUGAGUCUCCUCUGCUAGCUUCUUCAUGGCCUGCUCAUGGUUCUGAGAUCACUCUAUCCGGAGAUAGGUACCUAGAUCUAGGUUCUUCUUCUCCAUUCAACACCAACCAAUUUGAUUCUGGAUCGCUUCCACUCAUUCUUUACUUCAAUCAAGCUGUUGAGGGUGUAAAUGCAUCAACAGUUACAGUUUCAUCUGGGUUAAACGUGAAUAUGGAUGUAAUUUGGAAACCUAUUUUAUCAAAUAACUCUAGAACUACCCAAGUUUGGGUUGGACAAUUGAAGUUCCCUGAGGUGGAGCUUGAUUCUUUAGGAGCUUAUACCAUGGAGGUUACCCUUGGACAUUCUCAAGGAAUCAUUUCUUCCAGUGGUUUUCACUAUAGCCAUCCUUCUCAUUUUUCAUUUACGGUGCAUGUACUACCUGCCAAAACAGAACCAGUGGAAGGAUUAGGUUCAGAGAAAAUAUCAUGGAGAGAUGAAAAUUUUCAUAUUUAUGAAUCAGAUUCUCUGGAGUCAAAUUCAGUUCUCCCCCUUGACCACCUAAGUAUUAAGAAUGAACGUGAGCCAACACAUUCCUCAUGGCAAGCAAAAAUUAUAGAUGAAGAGAUAAGCAACUUUCGUGAAUUGUUGGACUGUAAAAUUGGAAAACUGACACUUGCAAGACUGUUGACUGCUCGUGAUGCGUUGAUGUCUUCUGACAAACCAGUCCAUUCUGAAGAAGUUCUUAGACUUUAUAGUGAAUUAAUGAAGUUGGAUCCACCGCAUUCUCGAUUCUACAAGGAUGAACACAGCUUGGUUUUAUUAGAAAAGGUGAUUUCUGGUAGGGAGUCUUUACUGAGUUAUUGCUUUCGCUAUAGGAACUUAACUUCAUCAAGCAGUAGCAAUCCCAUUUGCCUAAGGCUCAAUGGAUUAUCAUUAUCACGAUUGGGGUCUUUUGAGAAAUUAUUGUGGGUCCAAAUGCUAGACCUCAGCCACAAUGAGCUCCAAUCAAUUGAAGGUUUGGAGGCCAUGCAACUUCUCUCACACUUGAAUUUGAGUAAGAAUAAAUUUGGUAGUUUUACUUCUCUUGAGCCUCUGAGACAUUUGAAGUCAAUGAAAGUGUUAGAUCUUUCAUACAAUGAGAUAGGCUCACACUCUAUUGAUACAACAAGAUAUCUGUGCUCUUCUCCUUUGUGUCACUCAGUCGGGAGUGAAUGGGAUGGCAGUGAAACUGUGACUGAUGGUGUGAGUUUGGUGAGCUAUUGGGAAGCCUUUUUUAUUUUGAGAGGCUUGAAGUUGACUCAAAUAGACAUAGCAGGGAAUGCAAUUGCUGAUGAGAAAUUUACGGCAUUUCUGGCUAAGGUCCUGCCUGCACUCAAGUGGCUGGAUGGUGUACAAUUGAACUGAUUUUGAUUUAUAGUGAUUUUCACUGCUCCAAAUCAUGAGGUAUGCCAUACUCGUGGUGCUGAGUAUUUAAGCUCCUUGUUCAUGUAUUAAAUAUCCAAGUCGUGCUUUGGCUGAUUUGAAUUUGGCAUAUGGUGUGUGUAAUGACUAGCUUAAUCUCAGGAAAAAAAUUCUAUUUUUGCUUCAAA